GGAGCGAUUUUCUUUUCUCCAGAAAAAUGUCAUGGACACGGCUUCACGCAGAUUAGGACUCCGCACACGAUGACAAUCGAUUACGAGCCCCUUUUUCUGAUAGGAGAAUGAGGAAGAGGAGGACCUGGAAACCCUGGGAGCGCCUUGGAAAGUUUCUGUGAAGUCUCAAUGAAAGCUUUAGAAGAGCCUCUCUAGUAUUUGACUCAAUGGCCAAGAAAGGGCGUACGAAGAGCGAGAAGCCCGAAGCGCUCAUCUCUGCCCUCCAGGCAGCCAACGAAGACCUCAGGUCCAAGCUGACUGACAUUCAGAUAGAACUACACCAAGAAAAAUGCAAGGUGAGCAAACUGGAGCGCGACAAGGUUCAGGAGGUGAAGCGGGUGCGAGAGCAGGAGCAGCACCGUCACACUGCCAUGUUGACAGAGCAACGGGCCAAGUGGCACGAGGAGAAGCAAAAGGAGCUCCAGGCUCUCAGGGAAAACCUGACGCGGCAGCAUGAGCAGGAGCUGGCCCGCCACGCCAAAAUCAAAGACCAGGAGAACCAGAGGCUCAAAGCCGCACUGAACGCCAUGCGCGACGGCAGCGGAGAGAAGGUGCGCACAGCGCUGACCCUGGAAGCCAAGGAGGACGCACGGCGCUUCUUUGACCAGGAGAGAGUGAAGCUCCUGCAGGAGAUUGCCGAGCUGAAGAGUCUGAAGAAGCAGACGGACGAGGCUCUCAGCACCAUGAUCCAGUCGGACAAGAUGAAGGCUGGCGACCUGCGGGUGGAGCACCAGCAGCACCAGGAGCAGAUCUCCAAAAUCAAGUGGGACUGUGAGAGGGACAUCCGCAGACUGGUGGAUGAAAUCAAAUCUAAAGACCGCACCAUCUUUGCUCUGGAGAAGGAGCUGGAGUCAACAGCGGGUUUCUUACAGAAGCUGCAGCUUCAGAAGGACGCAUUGGAUGAGCAGCUGUUCCUCGUCAAGGAGGCUGAGUGCGGCCUGGGGAGCCCGAAAAGAGAGAUUCCAGGCAGAGCUGGAGAUGGAGCUGAGCACUGUGGUAGCCCAGACUUGAGGAGAAACCAGAGGCGCAUUGCUGAACUCAACUCAACUAUACGAAAAUUAGAGGAUCGCAACUCACUGCUAGUUGACGAGAGGAAUGAACUGCUGAAGCGAGUCCGAGAGUCAGAGAAGCAGUGUAAGCCCCUGCUGGACAAGAACAAGCUGCUGAGUAAAAGGAACGAUGAUUUGACUCAGACCAUCCAGAAGCUGGAUGAGAAACUCAAGAGCCUGGCCAAGGAGAACAACGAGAUGAAGGAGAAGAUCAGCUCCCAUCCUCCGCUGAAAAAGCUGAAGUCUCUGAAUGACCUGGACCAAGCACAUGAUGACCAGGAAAUAGCUUUUCUCAAGCUUCAAGUCCUGGAGCAACAAAGCAUGAUUGAUGAGCUAACACGAGACCGAGAAAAACUACUACGAAAGAAAAGGCAUAAAAGAAGUUCGAGGCCAAUAAAGAGGCACAUCGUAGUAGACACCUUUUUUGGGUACGAUGAAGAGUCAAUGGACUCGGAGUCGUCUUCAGUGGCUUCGUUUCGGAUGGACAGAACUCCUGCUACUCCUGAUGAAGACCUGGAAGAGGGUCUUGCCAAUGAGGAGUCGGAGCUGCGUUUCCGUCAGCUGACCAGGGAGUAUCAGGCCUUACAGCGAGCCUACGCCCUGCUGCAGGAACAGAAAGGAGGCAUUUUGGACGCUGAGAUGGAAGCAAAAGCUCAGGAGCAGCUCCAAGCAGACGUUCUCAGGUAUAAAGCCAAAAUAGAGGACUUGGAGAAGGAACUAACCCUGAAGGGACAGGACUCCAAAUGGGUGGAGGAGAAGCAGCUCUUCUUACGGAGAAAUCAGGAGCUACUGGAGAAGGUGGAAAAGAUGGAGUCAGAGUGCAGUCGGGCACAGCAGGAGCUGCAGGACUCCAAAGACCAGAAUGAACUGCUGGAGUUUCGGAUACUGGAGCUGGAGGAGCGUGAGAGGAGGUCCCCUCCAUUCAACCACCUGAGGAUGCAUCCGUUCUCUGAGGGAGUCAGUGCGCUGCAGAUCUACUGUAUGAAGGAAGGGGUCAAGGACGUGUGCAUACCAGACCUCAUCAAACUUCUUGACAUCCUGGGAGACAAUGGGAACUUAAGAAAUGAGGAGCAAGUGGCUAUUAUUCAGGCUAGCACUGUUUUGUCACUGGCAGAAAAGUGGAUUCAGCAGAUUGAGGGGACAGAGGCAGCGCUGCACCAGAAGAUGAUGGACCUGGAGAUAGAGAUGGAGAUGUUCUGUAAACAGAAAGGAUAUCUAGAGGAGGAGCUGGACUAUAGAAAACAGGCCCUGGACCAGGCCUACAUGCAAAUCCAGGAGUUGGAAGCAACAUUAUACAAUGCCCUGCAGCAGGACAAGGUGAUAAAGUACGGUGAACCUCUGGACGAGCUUCAGAAGGACGAACUGCGGACCGCAGUGGAGAAGCUGAGGAGGCAGAUGCUGAGGAAGAGUCGGGAGUACGACUGCCAGAUCCUCCAGGAGAGGAUGGAGCUGUUGCACCAGGCGCACCAGAGAAUUCGUGACCUUGAAGACAAGACAGAAAUCCAGAGGAGGCAAAUUAAAGACCUGGAGGAAAAGGUGGUGUGUCAGCUUGGAGAUCUUGUUUGUGACUGCAGUGUUAUUUAUUUUCUGGACAAGUGUGGGACAGUAUGCGUAGCAGUGGCUGCUAGUGUUAUUACAUCAGUGACUGCUGUCAGUGUUGGUGGAUGUGUCGUGUGUCGGCCCUGGACGUUCGUACUUCAGAUUUUAUUCUUUUGGGUUUUUUUUAACGGGGGUGGGGUUCUCAGGAUACUGCCCAGGAUGACAGAUUUUUUUUAAAGCAGUGUUAAACGUCUCUCCGAACAGCUGGGAGUACUGCAACAGGCUGCAAGAACGACACACAAUCAGAAAGACACCUGCAGCAGAUGCAGACACACACAUAUAUAUAUACACCUACACACAUACAGUAUGCAGACACGCAUGCAUUUACACACGCAUGCAGAUGCAAACACACAUGCUUUGAUACAUCCAGACCAAAGCCUGGGAAAUGUUCUCUCUGCCAUGCAGGGUAAUAAUAUGUCAUUCACCACCAUUUAGCCACAGUGGGAAUAUAAGCAGACAGUCAUAGACAAUGAGGAAAACAAACCGCCGGACCACAACUUCUCUUCUUUUUCUCUUUUUUCCUUUCUAAAACCCGAAAGGACGUUCUUCAUGAAUGCGACCUCUUGGUGAUAUAGAAGCGAGCCAACUCAGGGCCCAUGAGUGCAGAGGCCAGUGCUGGUCUCAGGUCAGAUCAUAUUGGGACAUAGUGUGUCACCAGCUGGUCUGCCCUCGCUGUUCCCACGAUGGUGCUUACACAGACUGCUUGGAUUCUCCAGAGAUUAUACCUGGAAAAAGUCAGAACUACACUGCAGAGACUGGUGUGUGUACGGACACUAAAAGGGGGGAUACAGGACACUCAGGUUGACGCGUCUUCACAGGACACACAGAGUGAAGAGAGGUGAAAAGAGAAUGAAAAGAUCAC